ACAAUGCAGGCUUUUGGGGCGGGUCUGCGACAUGCUGGGUGUCGAUCGGCUAUUCUGAAGGCCUCACCAAUUGCGUCCAGCUCACGGAUAUUUUGGGAUCCCCGCCGACAUGCUUCCAGCGGACCAUUGGGCUGGAUCCGACAGAACUUGGGGAUGAACGUGCGCAAGCAAAUGACAGAAGAGGAGCUUGCUGCUGCUCGUAAAGACCAGGUGGAGAAGGGGCAUUUGAGCGUCUUCGAGUCCCUUCCUACUGCGACAGAAGAAGGAAGCUCUGCCCCCGGUGCCGACUUGUCCAAGAAAUACACCGAGCACAAAUACUCCACGGCUAACUUCAAGAUCUCACACCGCAAACUGAACAUGCUUGGGCGGCAGAUUUCUGGCAAGCCAGUCGACCUUGCCAUCUUGCAAAUGCAAUUCAGCGAGAAGCGGGCGAGUAAGCGUAUCAAAAGCAUGCUGGCUGUAGCGAAGGACCAUGCCACGAGGCUGAAGGGUCUUCAGGAGAAGAAACUCAUCGUUGCGGAGGCAUGGGUAACGAAGGGUCCGAAGGUACUCAAGCGCAUUGAGCCCAAGGGUCGCGGCAGGAUGGGCAUUCGAGAACACCCAGAUUCGCGCUUGCAUGUCAUGCUGCGGGAAGGGAAAACGAGAGCAGAGCUUCUCAAGGACGAGCGAGCGCGAAAGCUGAGGAGGAUUGUGUCAGCAGGGAUUACCAGGGAUGACGUGCCCAUUCGAAACCCCGGCUCAUCAUGGGCUUGGUAGCACAUC